UCCUUCUCUGGAUCCUGUUUUUGGACCCUUCCUCUGCAGCUCCACAGUGGAUGAUUGGACCGUGGGAAUUUUCUCAAACUCGAAGGAGAGAAAAAACAAAACAACUUGUUUGCAGCUGUUGCAGCUCAUCAGGCGUGAAGGAGCAGCGGAGCCAUUUACAUGAGAACAUGUCCAGUUCAUUGGAGAGGGUUGUGGCCCAGAAGAAGGAGGCCAUCGAGGCGGUGAUGGAUAUGUUCCAGCGGGGGGCCGAGGUGUUGGCCAGUGCUGUAGGCGAGCUCUUCCCCCUCUGUGAGGCCGCCGCUCCGGUUCUCCGCCUGGCCUUAGACAACGUCCACAGCAAAGAGGUCUUUUAUGUCAAAGAGCAAUUUCUGACAGUGAGGAACAAGCUCGACUUGCUCUCCAGCCAACUGGAAGACAUCGACUGUGAGAUCAAGAAGGGGAGGCUAGACUCCCAGUACUUCUCUGUGGAGGAGAACAUUAGGAACCAGUUUAGGAAAUAUAUGGACAUCUUGGAGGCAAAACAGCAGUUCAAGGAAGUGAAGAAGAGGCUUUUCCUGGAGCACUUUGCUAAAACCGGGGGAGAGAAGAACCUGUUUGUCUUGUAUGAUGCUCUGAUGGGCACCAACACCUUUGGAGAGUCAGUUUUAGAGCUAGUAGAAAAGUAUGUGGCGAGGAACCGUCGUCUCCUGGAGGAUUUCUGUGUCCGCAUGAAGGAGCUCUUCUGUUUGGGUCUGAUUGCUCUGUUGGGCCACUGUGCCUUAACCCAAGGCCCAGAGGAAGAAGAGGACAAAAUCCAAGAGUGGAGCAGCAAAAUUGAAGAAGUAGAGUCCAGAAUGAAGACAAACAUCGAGUCCUGUAUUGCUGCUUUCCCAGAGCAAGCAAAAUUAGACGCCCAGCGACUCCUGCAAGAAAAGGAGGAAGAAAACCUGCAAGAUUCAACUCAGCAGCUUCUUGAGUUCUUGGUGAAAAAAUAUGAUUGGGUCAGCUGGUCAGUGAGGCUCAUCAACCACUCAGGCAGCACCUACCGGAACUGGCGAGCGGGGGAGCACUUCCAUCACGUGGCAGGACAGAACUGGUUCGAGGUACUCCAGGUGAACAAUAUAAACCUGGUGGUGUCGUACAGCACCAAACCGCAGCCGGUGCCCCGCGACUGCAUCCGGCAGGUGAUGGAGGGUCAGGGGAAGAAGGGAAACGCCCCGGCAGUGGUGGAGACGCUGGAGAAGCAGCUGUGCGGGUUCGUCGUUCACGCCGUCAGUCGCCACAAGGAGUCCGCCGCUGCCUGGAGCUUUCCAGAGGAGUGUCACUACUGGGAGAGACACAAGAACGUGGCCGUGUGCGUGCACUCUGAGUAAAGCUGUCACGUGUAUUCAGAUUGAGAGACUAUAGAUUGUGUUGCUUGUCCAUCUGCAACACUGAGGUGAGAAUAUCAGUAUUUUAGUUUAUCAUAAAAAACUGAAAAUACUGAAUCUGAUGAAGAAGGGCUGCACAAAUCCGAUAGAAGUGAUUAGGUAUCAGUGUGAUACACUGACCUUAUUAAGUGAACUGGGUAUUGGCCAGAUGCUACCAGUCCAGAUAUAAGUGUUAGUUCAGGUUAUUUAUAGAUGAGUUUAAAGUACAAUAUUUAAGUUGCAUUAAAUGGAAAUAGUUAAAUACAAGAACCUCAAAAUUGUGCUUAACUUUUUUCGUUACUUUCCAGCUCAGUGUACAGUUGCAUCCUCAUGUUACUUUACACAAGAAAGACCGCCAUCGAUCGAUGCAGUGAGGUAUUAAGAUGUUAAUGGGGGGAGGAGAAGCACAUCUGGUACUGGGUCAGUGUCGGUCAAUACCCUGAGUUUGCAUAUUAGAAUCAGAAUCGGGGUGCAUCCCUACCAGAACUAUAGUAUUUCAGACCCUUUAUUAAAAGAAUUUAAUCACAAAUGCACUUUCAGCUUUUAGGGUUGUGUCAACU